ACUGUCAAAUGAGUCUAGUCAUUUUGAGAAAAUAUUUUGAACAUCGCAGCAAAUCACUAAUUUAAGAUUUUGAAAUCACAGCCAUGAGUUUCAAUGAUAAAUCGGAUAAUACAUCCAAAGAAUGGCAAUCACGUCUGGAGAAUUUCAAAUUCAAACAGGCUGAUAUGAACAAGUUGAUUAUGAAUUAUUUGGUAACAGAAGGAUUCAAAGAGGCUGCCGAAAAAUUUCAAUCGGAAGCUGGCGUUGAACCAACCGUUGAACUAAACACCCUUGACAAUCGAAUAUUAAUCCGAGAUGCGGUUCAAAGUGGUCGGGUCCAAGAGGCAACGCAUCUCGUCAAUCAAUUGCAUCCGGAACUGUUGGACAAUGAUCGUUACUUGUACUUUCACUUGCAACAGUUACAUCUCAUCGAACUGAUCAGAGCUGGCAAAAUUGAAGAUGCUUUGACAUUUGCACAGACACAGAUGUCAGAGGCGGGUGAAAGCAAUCCGGAAGUGUUGAGUGAAUUGGAAAGAACAUUGGCAUUGCUGGCAUUUGAACAGCCGCAGAAGAGUCCAUUUUCCGAUUUAUUAGAGCAAUCUCAUCGACAAAAGGUGGCCAGUGAACUGAAUGCGGCCAUUCUGAAGAAUGAACACUACGAACAAACGACUCCACGGAUCAUAAAUUUACUUAAGCUGAUAUUAUGGGCCCAGGCCGAACUAGACAAGAAAAGCAUCAACUAUCCCAAAAUGAACGAACUCUCGUCGGCUCAAAUCGAUCCGAAAUAGUGUGGUUGCAUUUGGCGCUAGGUUUUUGCUUGUAAAUAUAUCGCGUCGGUUUUUUCGUUUAGGUUAAACACAUUUUUAACAAUUUUAUGUAUUAAAUGCAUCAGCAGCUGACUAAAACGAAAGACACCUUAUGUGUGUGUGUGGCUGAGGUCACUUUCAGAAUGUCUUCUGCUAUAAAUUCAACUUUUUGUUUUUCAUGGACUACAGAGAAAUGCAAUAAAUUUAUUGGACUAUCCUCAGUAA